GGGAAACAACAACAUCAAAAAGUUACCUGAAAACUUGUUUGCGGGGCAGGAUAAGCUAAAAUAUCUGCGGUUGGGCGGCAAUCAGUUGAAAGAGCUAUCACGUGAAAUAUUUCUUGAUUUGUCUGCCUUGGAAGAAUUGGACUUGUCCUACAAUCAGUUGCAGUUUUUGCCCCGAGGGAUACUUAACAAUAAUAUCAAGCUGACAGAACUGGAUUUAUCAAACAACGAAAUUCAGCGUCUGCCCAUGGAUGUUUUUGGCAACCUAACUCAGAUGAAAAAGCUCUUACUCUCCAGUAACAAACUUCAGCGCUUGCCAAGGUUCAAAAAUCUCUCCGAGUUGAAAAUAUUAUACCUGUAUAACAACAGCCUCGUACACCUGUCACCUGAUCAGUUCCAAGGCCUGUCCAAACUGGAAGAACUGGCUGUUUACGAAAACAAUAUUGACUACCUGCCACAUGAAGUUUUUAAAGGCAUGAAAAACAUGAUGUCUAUGAGCUUUUAUUUCAACAAUAUCCGUACCGUUAGCAACGAACAAUUCAAAGAUGUCGCCCCAAGUAUUCGAUUCCUGUACCUCCAUUACAACGAAAUGCGAGAACUACCGGAGGGUUUCUUUACAAACAUGAAGAAUCUAAUAACUGCGACUGUAGACACCAACCUGAUGUGUUGCCAUUUGACGAAGGAGGAUGCAGAUUGCGACUUUGCUUAUGUCGACAGCUUCGCCAGUUGUGAAACUUUGUUCAGAAAUCGAGCUCCCAGGGAGUGCCUCUGGGUGAUUGGAAUUAUGUCGUUGGUUGGUGCUGUGUUUGUCAUUGUGUGGCGGUUGGUGUUUAGGGAGACGAAGAAGAAAAACAAGAUACAGUCCAUCAUGUUGAUACAUUUGGCUGGGUCCGAUGGACUUAUGGGUGUCUACCUCCUAACUAUAGGUGUGGUGGAUGCCAUUUGGGCAGGGGAGUAUUAUUUGCAUGACUAUUACUGGCGUUCAAGUUUGACAUGUCAGAUAACAGGUGCCAUUGCCGUGUUGUCAAGUGAGGUGUCUGUAAUGACGAUUUGUUUGCUCUCCGCCGACCGGAUGAAGAAUGUUCUGUUCCCCUAUCGUGGAAAGUCCCUUACACUUAAGGUUACGCACCUUUUGUGCUUCCUUAUCUGGAUUGUUGGUGGCAUAAUUGCAUUUAUUCCCACGGUGGGCUUCGACUACUUCGGUAGUCGCCAGAAAGGUCAUCACUUUUAUGGCAGAUCAGUUGUAUGUCUGCCAUUGCAGCUUUCCACAGAUAAGCCGUCGGGCUGGGAGUACUCUGUUGCCAUGUUUGUGGGUUUAAACUUUACCCUUGUGCUCUUUGUCGUUGUGGCAUAUGCGAUGAUAAUCUAUAAGUCCUGCGCAUCAAACAGGCGCAUGGCUAAGCAAGGGACCGAAAGAGAGAGGAGAAUGAAAGCCAAGGCAAGGGCAGCCGAUCUAAGGAGGGAGGCCUCGCUCGCCAAAAGAGUGUUCUUCAUUGUUCUUACCGACUGUGUCUGCUGGCUGCCUAUUGUGGCGAUUGGAAUGAGGUCUCUCUUGGAAAAAUCCUUCCGUACACCUGGUGACCUCGCAGUUUGGAUCGCAGUCUUUGUUCUGCCGGUUAACUCUGCCAUCAAUCCCAUUCUUUACACCUUGUCUACCCCACAGGUCCGAGGAGUCAUCAGAGCCAAACUCCAACCAUUGUGGGAUUAUCUGGUGGCAAAACUCGGCCGAAAUCAAGAUGUUGAAGUUCAAGAUCAGGGAAUAGAGAUGAGAGUCAUCGAAGAAGUACAAAACCAAGAGGAAGUGGGGAGCACUGACGAUAGUGAGGAUGAAUCGCAAGAAGAACAAGGAGAUGGUGAGCACCAUGCAAGAUCAGGCGAAGACAAUGAACAACCUUUUGAAUCCCAGCAGGUUGAACAUGAACAAGACGAAGAACCAAAACAAGGAAAAGAAGAAGCCACUGAAAAGCAGCAAGUUGAACGUGAACAAGACGAAGAACCAAAACAAGGCCCAGAAGAAGCGACUGAACAGCAGGAAGUUGAACGUGAACAAGACGAAGAACCAAAACAAGGCCCAGAAGAAGCGACUAAAAAGCAGGAAGUUAAACGUGAACAAGACGAAGAACCAGAGCGAGGCCAAGAAGAACCCACUGAACAGCAGCAGGUUGAAUCUAAAAGAAACGAAGCACCAAAAGAUGACCAUGAAGAACCAACUACAGAGCAGGAAGUUGAACAAGAUCAUCAAGCAGAUUCAAAGGGAAACAAAGAAGUAAGUGAGACGCAACGAGAAAAACAGGAGCUAAAUGAAGCCGAUGAAAAACCUGAGCGAAAGCUGAAAGGAGACGACCAGGAAUCCAAACAACAGGGCACUCAACAACAAGAAGAAAAAGAACCGAACGUCGACCAUGCAGGGCCUGAUGAGCUAAAGGAUGCAAGUAAAGAGAAGAACAAGUCGAAAAGAAAUGAAAACGAAAGUGAACAGCAACAAGAGGAAAAUGAACAAGAUGAGCAGGAGAAAGAAGAACACCCUAAAGAAACCGAAAAGCAGCAAGUUGAUUGUCAUCAAGAAGAACGAGAACAAGACCAUAAGGAUCCUAAACUCGAGAAAAUUGGACAAGAAAAGCCAAAAGGAGACGAUGAAGAUUCUAAGAAAGAGCAACUGGAUUAUGAACAACCAAAAGAAGACCAUGAAGAACCUAUGAAAGACCAACUGCAGCAAGAAAAACGAAAAGGAGAGAAUCAGGAACCUAAACAAGAGCAACUGGAAACUGAAAAGCCAAAAGGAGAGUAUGAAAAACCCAACCAAAAGCAACUGGAAGACGAGAAGUCAAAAGGAGCAUGUGGGGACUCCCCACAGCAGGCUGAUGAGUCCGCGGAAGAUAAAUCUUCACGACAGCAGCAGCUGAUUGCAGACGAAGGAGAUUACGAAGAAGAUGAUGCGGUACUGGAUACACGUCUGUAAUUGCUAGCAUUGACUCAUCAAGUGUUUUUUAGUUCUAGUUAUCGUUUUAGUAAUAGAAAGGUUACAUACCGUUAUAUCAUUAAAAUGACGCAUUUAUUUAACCAAGAGCAUUAGAGGAUAACUCAUAUAAGGUAUUACAGUGACUAGUGCGUGCCCGCAAUGUUUGUUUUCAAUUUUUGAUAGUCUGAGUUGUCGUAGACAAGUACAAACAGCUACAGGAGAAAGGAAGUUAGUAUGGUAUGCUAAAUAGAUAAUCGUGAAAGCAUAUUUACGGCCGUGUUGCGCUUCCAGUGUCGUCAGAAGUUUCUGCAACUGAUUUUAUUUCAAUAUGAUUAGGUUUAUUAGUACUUAUAAACAUGAUUUAACUAUCUACUCAGCAUUCAGUUGCAUCUAUUACUCAUUAUUUAUUGACUUUAGUCCUUGCAUGUUAUUUAGUAGGUGGCUUAAUUGUUUUUACAAUGCGACGCCACUAAUCGUAUUUACUCCACUGCACACAUAUAUCAAGUGCACAGGUCAGAUAAUGUAUUUUCAUCUGGCUCCUUUAUUUAUUCACCUUUGUUGUUAACCUACGAUUUAAGUUAAAAUUUUGUAGAAGCUUGCACAAAAAUAUAAGAAAAAAGUAUCACAGGAGUGAAACCCAAGUGAGAAUGUUACAAAGGUGUAAAGU